UGCAGUACCUGACUAGAAACUGCCCUAUGUCUAAAUACAACCAACAGCAACUAAAUCUCUUCUGAUUUAUUCUAUGAGUUAUUCUCCUGUGAGUUAUUCUCCUAUAAUAUUCUGGGGUUAAGAUCUACUCUGACCACGUUUCACAAAACCAAAUUUGAUCCUUCUUCCUUUUUCUUUUCACUGCAAUCUUCCCUGGCACUUUGGUGCUGAGACAGACCUCUUCUGGAGCUGUUGUCAUUCCAGUGAAGGCUCUGGCUGUGAGCCCUAUGAUUCUGGGAUUGACCACUGUCAGAACAUGUGAGGUGGAAUCCCUGACCCAGUGCUUUCCAGAAGGCUAAGCCAGCAAAUUUGGAAUAGUCCAGAGUGUGUCUCCUCCCACCUCCCUUCACCCUACAGUGGUCCAGGGCAGGCAUCCAAACGGGCAUGAUAGAAAUGCCAGUUUUCAUUUCCCAGUUUUUUGAAGGGGAAACCACACAGCUCUGGGGGAGACAGGAAGACCCAAGUGUGCAAGAGGUUGAGCCCAGAAUGGGCAGUGAGGCAAGUCGGAGAAAGACAUUUCAAGACUGGCCUCCUGAGGGGCCUGUCUCUCCCCAGGACCUGGCCAGAGCUGGCUUCUUCUAUGUAGGCCCUCAGGACAGGGUUCAGUGUUUUUGCUGUGGUGGGAUGCUCGACAACUGGAUGGCUGGAGAUAGCCCCAUCCUAGAACACCAGAGGUUUUUCCCCAAGUGCCAGUUUGCUCUCAGCAAGCAUACUGGCAAUAUUCCUGCCCAGGAUACUUCUGACAGUGUGGAUGGACAAAUCUUGAGUCAGUUGCAACGAAUUUCAGAGGAAGGCGAAGGGGAAGGGAAUGAGGAUACUGUGACCACCAGACCUGUCUAUCCAGAUAUGGGUGUAGAACAGAUCCGACUGGCUUCAUUUCACAACUGGCCAUCAGCUGCAGUGGUGUGCCCUCAGCAACUGGCCAGAGCAGGCUUCUUCUACACAGGCCAGCAUGACCAUGUGAAGUGUUACUAUUGUGAUGGCGGCCUGAGGAACUGGGAUCGAGGAGAUGACCCUUGGAGAGAACAUGCCAAAUGGUUCCCUAGAUGUGAAUUUCUGCUUCAAUCCAGGGGCAGAGCCUAUGUCAACAGCAUCCAAGAUUCCUCCAGCUUGCUAGAUUCCUGGGGCCAUGGAGAAGAUCCACAAGAGGUAGCUCCCACUUCUACUCCAGGUAGCCCAGGAAGCCUGGCUUGGCUAGCUUGGCCAGCUUGGCGGCAAUCCACAGUGGUAAAAAGUGUGCUGCAGAUGGGGUUUGAGCAGAGCAUGGUGGAGAGGUUGGUUCUGAGUAAAUACAGGCUGGCAACACCAGCCAGCACGUCAGUGUCUCAGCUGGUCUCUGAUCUAAUUCAAGAGGAAGAGACGAAUGCAACAGAGACCAGAGCAUCUGUUCCUAUGGCAUCUGAAUCAACUCCACCUAGAAGAGAAUCCCAGCCUGAACAGAUCACAGAAACAGGACCCCUAAGCACUGAGCAGCAACUGCAGCAGCUAAAGGAGGAGAGGACAUGCAAAGUGUGCAUGUAUCAAGUGGUGUCCAUUGUCUUUGUUCCCUGUGGCCACUUGGUCUGUUCAGAGUGUGCCCCAAACCUGCAGCAGUGCCCCAUCUGCCGAGCAGCCAUCCAUGGGAGCAUCAGGACUUUCCUGUCCUAACCAAGCUCUGAUCAUCUGAGCCAUGCUUAGGAACUGCUGAGUUUGGAAAAACAAUACUGAUUUUGGAUCCUUGAAGACAUUGGGAUAAUGGGGGGAAUCGUGACCCUGCCUUCUGAACAUACAGUGAUCAAUCAUGCCUCUUACCCAGAUGAGGAAACAAGUGAAGUCUCAGCUUCAGACCUCAUCAUGGGACCCAUAGCUGCAAUUACAAGCAAGGCCAGCUUAGUUGGAAAGUAAUUAGGGGGCAUCAGUGGAUGAGGAAAUAGCCCUUAUCUAACAUCAUACAUGCAAAUAGUCUCAUAAGCAACAUUUUGUUUGGGUUGGGGUACAUAUGUGUGAUUUUCUGCUUUGGUUUUUGCUAUGACUAUAUUUAGAGUUCUUUAACUUUUUGCAAUAAAGUUUCUUCCGGUGUAAUCAAUACCUUGAUGUUAGUCCUUGAAAGUAGAAGGCAUUUGCU